ACUUUUUCGGCAUACCUGACCAAAACUCGAGACCUGCUAAAAGAAGUACCAAUUUCCAAUUUUAGUCAAUGUUGCAAUUAUUUCGGCUGCAAACGGCUAAAGUACAGUCUGAAUUUUGGUCUUUACAAGCAAAAUAUGUAUUAGCAGGAAUAGGAAACUUCUACACGCUUUCUAGAGGGGAUUUUGGUCAAAUGGACAGAUAUUCAGGAGGACGAGGUGGUGGAGGUAGAUAUGAGGAGGGUUCACUGUUUGAUUACAAGGACCGCAGAGGACGUGGAUCGAGACGAGGGCGAGGAGGAAGAAAGUAUGGCAACAAAACAAGAAGACCCCCACUGACACCAGAACAAGAGGAGGAAAGAGCCAAGGAGCGUGAACGUCAGGGCGGCCCACCCAGAGGUCUUCGAGGACGUGAUAUUGGCAUGUGGUAUGCCUCAAGAGGCAGAGCAAAGAACAAAGAGAGGGAGCGUUUGGAGAGACCAGAAAUCACAAUCGGCCGAGACAAGUUAAGAAAUCUUUCCAGAAUGGUGGAUAGUUUCAAAGAUGAUGAUGCUGGCUACAAGCCUAGGCUUAGUCACUCUGCUAGGCCUAGAAAUGUGCCAAGUUCUUCUGCGGGAUCAAGCCACGAUAACCAGGCUGCAAACUUUGGGCGAGAUCGACCUGGGUCUUCUCGUCUUGAUAAAAACAGUUUCGAAUCUUCCACAUGGAACGACCACGGUAGAUUUUCAGGGCAGUCUAGAAAUGGUUCGUCUGAAUCUAGAUCUUGGCGAGAGCAAGAACCGGCUCCAAGUUCUUCAGGAGCUGCAGCAGUUUCUGAUCUUCUUGAUGAUGAGCCAUUAGAAGGGCCUGAAAAUGUUGCAGCUAUUCGGCAAUACUUAUCGGAGCGGUCAGAUUAUGAUGUCAGUGAAAUUGAGAUGCUUGAGGAUGACAAAUUAGAGGAGUUACAACGACGGGUGCAACAAAACACGGAAGAAGAUAAAAGAUACCUGCGAGAGUUCGAAGCAAAACAGUCUGAACCAAGAUAUCAAAAGAUGCAGCAGUUCAGGAAGAAGUUGCCUUCAUAUGAUAUGGCUGAGGAUAUUCUUAAAACGGUUGGUGCCAACCAAGUGACUGUGAUCAGUGGUGAGACAGGCUGCGGUAAAACCACUCAAGUUGCCCAGUUUAUCUUGGACGACUUCAUCAAACAAGGCUUAGGAUCACUGUGUCGUGUUGUUUGUACCCAGCCUCGUAGGAUCAGUGCGAUAUCAGUCGCGCAGCGCGUGGCCCAGGAGAGAGCUGACGAUUGUGGUGGACCUGACAGCAGUGUUGGUUAUCAGAUAAGGCUGGAAGUGAAAAGACCAAGACCCCGAGGUUCUAUUCUGUUCUGUACGACAGGAAUUGUCCUCAAGUGGCUCGAGUCAGACCCUUUGCUGACCCACGCCUCCCACAUCAUCCUGGAUGAGAUACAUGAACGCGAUCUCCACUCUGAUUUCCUUAUGAUAAUCAUGAAGGAGAUACUCCCUAAACGACCGGACCUGAAACUGAUUCUGAUGAGCGCGACCUUAAAUGCAGAGCAGUUCUCUCAAUAUUAUGGUCAAUGUCCGAUGUUAAACAUUCCUGGUUUUACCUUUGCGGUCGAGGAGCUUUACUUGGAGGAUGUGGUUGAAAUGCUUAAGUACCAACCUCCGGAGCAGACGAACCAGCCGAGGAAGAAGCGACCGAGGAGUCAGGAAGACAGACAGAAGAUUGAGGAGGAGAAGUGGAAUUAUGACGCCUGGCUCAGAAAUCUGGAGUGUUCCCCUCGCACACAAAACGCUCUCACUCGCAUGGAUUCAGAUCAGAUCGACCUGGAACUAAUUGCGGAGUUAGUCCGACACAUCAUGACAACGAAGGGCGAUGGUGCUAUUUUAAUCUUUCUGCCUGGAUGGGAACAGAUCUCUAAACUUUACAAAAUGUUGGAAGGUGACCGAUUGUUCAAUUCGAGGAAUUCAAUCCUUCUGCCGCUACAUUCUCUGAUGCCGACUGUUAAUCAACGGGAGGUGUUUGACCGUCCGCCGCAAGGUGUUCGGAAAAUUGUCAUAGCAACGAAUAUUGCAGAAACGAGUAUAACUAUCGAUGAUGUGGUUUAUGUGAUAGACUGUGGAAAGAUCAAACUCAAGAACUACGAUGCUGCAAAUAAUGUGGCUACAUUACAACCAGAAUGGAAUAGUUUAGCAAACUCUCGACAGCGUAGAGGAAGGGCUGGCAGGGUGCAGCCAGGGGUAUGUUAUCAUCUCUACACAAGGUACCAGCAUGAGAAACUAGAGGAUUAUCAGCUUCCCGAGAUGCUCAGGACUAGGUUAGAGGAGCUCUGUCUACAGAUCAAGUUACUGAAACGAGGAAAGAUUGAACCGUUUGUCCAGAAAGCCAUGCAGCCACCGCCCAUGGAGUCUGUGCUUAGAUCCAUUGAGCUUCUGCACCAGUUGAAUGCGUUAAACUUAGAUGAGGAGCUGACACCCCUUGGGCACCACCUAGCACGUAUGCCGGUCGACCCUCACACGGGAAAGAUGAUCCUAUUUGGUGCCAUGUUUGGAUGUCUCGAUCCGAUACUGACCGUCGCUGCCAGUCUUAGCUUCAAAGAUGCAUUUGUUAUUCCAAUGGGCAAGGAAAGGAUGGCCGACCUGAAGAAGAAGGAAUUGGCCCAGAACACCUGUAGCGAUCACCUUAUGUUGGUCAAUGCGUACAAUGGAUGGUUGGCAGCUAGAGCCAAGGGGAGAGAUCAAGCCUAUUGCUGGGAUAACUUCCUAUCAUCCAGCACCCUGUGGAUGUUGACAAACAUGAGGAAGCAGUUCGCUGAUUUGCUCUUUGAUCUCGGUUUCAUAUCGACCAAGUCACCUACAGAUGCAGACGUUAACAUCAACGCUGGUAACAACAAACUCUUACGAGCCGUGUUGUGUGCUGGGCUGUACCCAAACGUGGGGAAGAUACCGUCUCAAAGAAAAAAAGGCAAAGUUAAACGAAUUUGGAAAAUCUUCACCAAGAACGAUGGUCGCGUGAACAUUCAUCCAAAGUCGGUGAAUUAUGAAGAACCAUUUCCUUAUAAGUGGCUUGUAUACUAUCUCAAGAUGAAGACGACUAAGGUGUACUUAUACGAUGCCACAGCCAUCUCGCCGUACCCUCUACUAUUUUUCGGUGGUGACAUCACGAUAAAGAAUGUGGAUGGCGACGAAUGUGUUGUCGUGGACGACUGGAUUGUUUUCAAGGCGUCGCAGAAGAUUGCUUCUCUAGUCAAGGAUUUGCGACAUGAACUUGAUAAGGUGCUACAAGAUAAGGUCCAACGACCUGGCCCAACGAACUGGGCCAAGACGUCCAAAGAGGGCCAGGUAAUGCGGGCGAUACUAGAUCUCCUGACGACUGAGGAUUACGGAGAAAUCGAAGAUGUUCAACAAGGAAUGGACGAACAAGACGCAGAUGAUGAAUAUUGAUGAUGCCAACCCUCCCAUAGCGGGCCUUUGGACUGCUUCUUAAGUGCACUCACGUAAAGCCCUGCUGAAAUUGGACCUCUACAUGAGCCAGUGGAGGUCAGAAAGUCAUUGAAUCUCUUUCAUUGUACUGCCAUCGGGUGUAUUGUUGAAAUAUAGCUGAUGAACAUUCUUUCAAAACGCUGGUUAUUGUUUAUGCUGGUUUGAUGUU